AAGAUAAUGCAGAUAGACCAUUCAGUGCAACAUUACGGUUAAGCAGUGUGUUGGAAUCGGAAAGAUGCGUGACGAGAUCGAUAAGCCGCUUGCCAUGGAUAACGCGAUUGCGAAUCUUAUUGCAGCGAUUCGAGAUCAGAUACGCACUAUAAAAGAUGCUUCCAGCGUUGACUCCAUGAAAAGGCUUAAGGAAUUGAGAGCCGAGAACGCUUCCCUGAAGUCCGAGCUAGCAUCUGUUCUCGACAAGAUGCAACAGCCUGCGUUCUCGAUUUUGAACGAACCGUCCAGCACAGAUACAGUGAAAUCUACUGCAAAAAAUAACCGCGGGAAGACGGACAAAGUCUCAACGGAUGGCAUUGACGCGAAGGCCAAGUCGGGGGGUGUUGUUGAGAACCAGCAACCAAAAAUCGCCUCGAAAGGUAAAGGCGUCGGUGAACAGAAGUCUGAAGAAAUUCAUCCUGGAAGAUUGGAUUUUCGCAUAGGGAAAAUUGUUUCGUGCGAGCGUCACCCCGAUGCGGAUUCUCUGUACGUGGAAAAAAUUGACCUGGGAGAGUCUGCUCCGCGGACCAUUGUUUCUGGCUUGGUGAAGUACGUGCCAAUUGAAGAAAUGCGCGAUAGAAUGGUGGUUGUACUCUGCAAUUUGAAGCCCGCUAAAAUGCGUGGGGUGACUUCUGAGGGAAUGGUCAUGUGUGCUUCAACCCCGGAUAAAGUGGAGAUUCUUUCGCCCCCGGAGACCGCAUCGACUGGAGACUUGAUAACCUUCGCGGGUUAUUCUCGGAAUCCAGAUUCUGUUUUGAAUCCAAAAAAGAAAGUUUGGGAGUCGUUGAUGCCUGAUUUCCGUACGGGCAGUGACCUUAUCGCCAAAUUCAAAGACGUCCCGUUUGAAGUAGUUGGAAAAGGAGUUGUCAAAGCUCCGAGUUUAUUGAAUGUUCAAAUCAAGUGAAAAUCCAGGAAUUUAUGAUGAGCACACUUUUGAAUGUUCUUUGGGAAUUUCACUUUAGAGCGCUAGCCAAUGUUUGAUUUUUUUCGAAGGUUGCACAAAAAAUAUUUUUUGGUGCCUGGUCGCACUGCUUCGUUCGAGGUUUGCGAUGAACGGAAACCAUACCGAAAAAGCUUCGUCAGGUGCAGAAUUGGGCGAAAACCUUGCAAGUCUCAUACAUGAUUUGAGUCCUGGACAGACGCAAGACACCAUGAGGAUUCUUUGCACGACGAUUACGACUAAAUGUCGCGAUGAAGACUGCCUUAGAGAUUGCGUCGAAGUGCUUCAUCUGAAGUGCUUGGAAAACAGAGAUUUUGGUCGAAAAUUUGCACAGCUUUGUGCCAAAAUUCAAGGCUUCCAAGUAGGAAGCGUGAAUUUCCGUGGAUUGAUACUGGAUCGUUUUCAAUUGGACUUCCAAGCUCGAGGACUUACACGUGAUAAGUCUUAUGCGAAGUAUCUGAACUCCAUCGCUCUUUUGUACGAAGUGUUGGUUGAAAUGCGCAUGGUGAACGGAUCACCUGUUCCCGUUCUUGUGAGCGCAGCGUCAGACUACCUCUUCAAUUUUAUCGAUGAUUUUGCAACAGAAGAUUCGAUUAUGGAAUGCUGUCGACAGGUUCAGCGUGCCGGUGAAAUGAUUCAAAAGCAACAACCUGAGGUGUUCGAAAAAUUUUUGGUGGCUGUGAAGACGAAGCUCAUUGAUGGCCAGCGUUUGACGAAUGUUUCGCGGGCUUGUCUUGUUUGCAUUUUGGACUUCGCGUCACGCGACUUCAAACCGUUUAAAAUCAAUGAGUUGUCCGUUGAAUUGUAUAGCAAGAAAGGCGUUCCGUUGGCUGCUUUUGGUUUUUGUAAGAAACCGGAGACGGCGACCGUCUCACGAAGAAGUGAAAGGGUAAUUUACCAACCUCCUCACGUGAAACACGGGAUGACUGAGCCUUCUGUUCCGUUGAUGAAAGACUUUGAGCAAGCAAUGACAAAUAACUUCCUUGUUGAUAACUGA